GACCAAUCCAUCGGGUCCCCUUUCACCCGAACAACCUCUCCCUAUACCCUGUCAAGCGCUUUGUGUAGCCAUAUUGCUCACAGUCGGCUACCUACCUUGAAACUACAGUACAACAAAAGGGGGCACAGCAGGACAAAUCGCGCCGAAAUCCCGGCGCCAACGCCGCCGCAACUGCCCCGGGCUAUUACCCCGCAACUCGGUGAUUAUACUGUGACUGACCUCUUGUCGCGUUCCCGUCCUACAUUGAAUUUCAAGCGAGGACACCCGGACAGCCGGUCCGGCCAGGCAGCCGCACUCUUCUUUGAUUGAAGACAUCGAGCCAAUUCGCGAUUAAGCUCUUGUUGAGGGCUGCAAUGAGCCUAGCCUUAUGCAUGGUCAUUUACCCCAUCAAUAUGCAGCGCCCUUCCCCUCUUGCAAGCUUAAAUCCUUCUCGCUUCUUUCGAGUCCAUGAUGGCUCGAUGGUCUGUUUUGACUAGAAUUGUAUAUCUGUGUAUGUGUAGGUGUAUGUCUAUAAAUAUAUCACAGAUGACUAUAAAGAUUGGCCUUCCGAGGUGAAGAAAUGGCGCCCGUUCGCCUUCUGAGAUCUCGACAGCCUUCGAGCCGUGCUAUAAACUCUUGUCGUUCUAAGCCUCGUUGAGAAUGUAUCGAGCUACCAUGGCCAUGUUGGCAGCCUGGCCAUCUCUACUCGUCUUAGGGGCCCCGACUGACGUGCCAUCUGACGUCUACUCUGCAGGCGGCCUGACGUUGCUCACGUACAAUGACCUGAGCAACGAUCCAAAGAACGGCUCUGCAGCCGUCCUCGUCCAUGCCCCGGCCGAAUUUCUCAGUGCUGAGGAAUCGUGCCGCAAACUGGGCGAGACGCUAUGGAGCCCUGACACGGCAAGCUUCACAGAUGGCCUUAACAGCUCGCUGUCUUACCAGAUCUGGCAGGAAAGCUUUCCCAAGUCGCAGCUGUUCUGGGUCUCCAAGGCUUCGUCCGGCGACUGCCGGGCUAUCAACUACCGCGGAGAGCUGAAGGAAGUCGACUGCGCAGGCCCGGGAAGCAGCAAGCUCCCGGCGCUGUGCACGCAGUCGGCGCCGGUGCUGAGCACCGCCACCAACAAUGUCCGCACCGACUUCAUUGUCAAUCAGCGUGCCGGCGACCUCGUCUACCAGGGCUUCCGCGACUUCUUUGUGUGGAAAUUUAGGGGCAUCCGGUUCGCUGCCAAGCCUGAGCGCUUCGAAUACGCGCGGCCGUACGAGCCGACGCCCGAGGAGCGCAGUGCCCCCAUACCGGCCCUUUUUGCGUUGCCAGAGUGCUUGCAAGUACCCGGAGAGGUCCCUGACGGAAGCAACGAGGACUGCCUCGGCAUCAACAUCUGGACGCCCUAUUUGCCCCCAACAGGACCCUCCUCAUGCAAACGGCCUUCGUCCGCACUGGUACCCAAGCGACUCAAGCCCGUUAUGUUUUAUAUCUACGGCGGCGCCCUCAGGAUCGGCUCGGGGAGGAACGUCUACACUGACGGGACCAUGCUCGCGUCGCGCGGCGACGUUGUCGUCGUCUCGGUCAACUACCGCGUCGGCUCGCUCGGCUGGAUGGUGCUCGGCGACGGGGUCCACAACGGCAACUACGGCCUCUCGGACGUGAUCGCGGGCCUGGAGUGGGUCAAGGAGAACAUUGCCAGCUUCGGCGGCGACCCGGACCGCGUCACAAUCUUUGGCUACUCGGCCGGCGCCUGGCUGAUACGCGCCCUCAUGGCGAGCCCCAAGGCCAAGGGCCUUUUCCACGCUGCCAUCGCCCAGUCCGGCCCGGCGGGCAUAUACAUGGCCGAGGAACCUGUUCAGCAGCCGCCCCUGACCAACGAGGCGGGCUUCGCCUACAAGUACGACUCCAUCGGGUGGGCUUGGGAGAACUUGGGCAAGAAGGUGGUGUCCGAGGUGGGUUGCGCCACCGACGAGACGGCACUCGGAUGCCUGCGCGCAGUCGACGGCACAGCGUUCCUUAACACAUCGCUUUACGCCAUCGGCAUUACGGUCGACGGCAAAUACAUCGACUCGGACAGGCUGACAGUCAACAGCAGCGACAAUCUCGCUUCUGACGUGGCCUUCAUGACCGGCAUCGACCGCGACGAGGCCGGCAACAACCUCGUGAGCGUCCCCAUCAUUCCGGGCGUGCCCCUUGCCGACAUCGUGCCAAGCAUAGUCCCCGCCGUCCACAGCGAAGCCAUUGCGGCGGCGGUCAGAAGCCCGGCCUUCGGCAUCCCCUCGGACCCGACGCCGGCCGAGGCGCUCGACGGCGUCAUCCGUAUCGCUACCGACGCCUUUUUCACCUGCCUCGAGCAGGCAACCGUCUACAGCGCCGCGCGCCACUCGACCUUUGAGUCGCUCUGGGCCUACAGCUUCAACCGCACCUACAACUUCCCCGGCUACACCAAGCCUCACUGCGAGACGACGGACCCGGAGCAGCUCGAGUACAAAAAGUGCCACGGCGGCGACCACCUCAUACUCUUUGGCACCAUGCGCCGCGGCGAGCUCCCGGACCGCGACGGCCGCGACCUGCCCUUUUCCCGCGUCGCCAUGGACCACUGGGCCGCGUUUGGCACCAACCGCGACCCGAACCCGGACCCGGCCUACCUCGCUGCCAGGGGCUACUGGGACACGCUCGAGACGCUGCAGAGGCUGGGCCCCUGGGAGAGGGCCGACGUCUCUACCGACGCCCCGAUCCGGCUGCUGCAGGUCCAGGCGAGGAUGGAUGCCUACUCCGAGGUCGAGCAGUGCAAGGUUCUGAGGCAGCCGCUGGACUAUUUUGAACCCGGGUCUUCCGCCACUAACUAGUUGGAAGCCACUCUGUUUCUGGGGUUGCGGGAUCUCUAAUGUCGUAGCUCUGGGUAUCUUCAUCUAAUAACACGCAGAGGGUGAAUAAUAGGCUCGUACAAACGUCAUUAAACGAGGCCUGUUGUCAUAUAACAAGCCGUCCAGGUACCUGCUUUCAAGUCCGCAAUAAUGAUCAGCUCCCCAUUUACUCUGAAAAACCUUUGCACAUUAUUUUUUUUACAUGAAUGAAAC